GUCUUUCCACUUACCCUUCAGCUGACAGGGGACGAUGACCCAGAUGUAGGGUCCGCUGGCAACAUGCAGCAGCGCGAGGCUAUUACUUUCGCCUAGCCAGUGUUGUUCGGUCAGACGUUUACCACGAUGGCUCGGUGUCUGUGCUGCGACAGUGUGGUCCUGGUGGAAACUCUCCUGGCGGUCUUCUCCGUCUCGAGUUUGUCGGUCCUGGGUUCGAUCCCCAAAGACCUGAGAACCCCCGACAGCUUUGCCAAAGCCGUUUUGGAUAGAUACGGGUAUGGAGGCAGGUUGACCGUGCAAGACCUGCAAGUUUUGCUGAGGAACGCGUCAAGUUGCCCCGGGGUGCGGCGGUGUGUUGGGCGGGACGAGGAGACGGGACAGCCCGUAGAGGAGCAGUGCAACUCCACGUGUAUAACAGCAACAGAGGUGCUACAAAUCCACGACCUGUCGGCAGACUCAGAGCUAAACGCUACUGGACUCCGGGAGGUUUGCCCAACACUGUUGUACAAUGUGGACCGUACCAUCGGCUGCCAAAGUCAGGGGGAGGACAGUAUAGAGUCAACGGAAGAGGAGCACGAUGGGUCUAGACGCCCCAGCCCCGCUGAAGUGUGGGGGUUCGGUGUUCUGUCGGUCUCUGUGAUCAGCCUGUGUACUGUGAUGGGGGUUCUCAUCGUGCCCUUCAUGAAGAAGAGGCUGUACACUCUACUGCUCACCUUCCUCAUCGGACUGGCUGUCGGGGCGCUGUCAGGGAGUGCGCUGCUCCACCUCCUCCCAAAGGCCAUCGGCCUCCAUCAUGGGGCCGGCGAGUUCACAGAGAAGGCUGCUGCAGUCUGGGCAGGGAUCUACCUGUUCUUCGUCACGGAGAGGCUGCUGAAGAUGGCGUCUAAACAACGACAAAAGAGAAAGGCGCGGAAGUACGCCGAGCAGAACAGGAGGGCGGAACUGAGAGCAGACAUGGCCGUGUGCGCAGUCAAGGCUCGACUGUCGCACAUCGAUCCGUCUUUAACAGAGCCGCCGCGUCACCACGGACACUGCCACGGCCACGUCUAUCACAGCCCGGACACAGAGAAGUUUGUGGAAGACUGCAGUACAGAGGAUAGUCAGAACCAAAAGGUGUCGAAGAAGAGAAGCUGUUGCCAGGCGUUGUGUUCUAACACGGACACCAUAGCCACCGUAGCCUGGAUGGUGAUAUUUGGGGACGGGCUGCACAACCUGAUGGACGGCCUGGCCAUCGGAGCUUCGUUCCAAUUGUCUAUCUUCAGUGGGAUCAGUACCUCAAUAGCUGUUCUCUGCGAGGAAUUUCCACACGAACUCGGAGACUUUGCCAUACUGCUGAAUGCGGGCAUGUCGGUGAGGCAGGCCUUGUUCUACAACUUCCUGUCAGCCUGCUUCUGUUUCAUUGGACUGGUCGUCGGCAUCGUGGUGAGAGAAAACGGCCAAGUGGGCCAGUGGAUCUUUGGUCUGACUGGAGGCAUGUUUCUGUACAUCGCCCUGGUGAUCAUGAUGCCAGAAAUGAAUGCCGUAGACGAGGAUGAAGAGAAAAGCGAGAAAAAUCGUCAGGACGGCGAAGAGAAGUCCUCAUCUCUGCUGCGGUUCUUUCUCCAGAACAUGGGCCUGUUGACAGGCUUCGCAGUCAUGCUGGUCUUGGCCAAGUUCCACGUCGAGAUCUAGUUGUAACUGGUAGUAAGGCCACUGCAAUUUAAUUCAUCGGCUCGCGGAUUUUCAAAAAAA